AUGGCGGAGAUAAUCCCUAACGUACCACCAGCCGACGACGAGAAAAAUCAUGUAGAUCAUCUACCAGCCGAGCUUCUUGCGACCAUAUUCAAGUUUACCGCGUACAGCCUCAAACUCGGCGACUACCCAAAUCGCGGCGGGCACCCCUGGAUCUAUCUAAGCCAUGUCUGUCGACGAUGGAGAACGGUGUCACUAGCUUGCCAGGAGCUCUGGUCGAUGAACCUACCGCGAGCAAACGACCGUUGGACGGCGAUCUGCCUGUCUCGUGCUCCCUCGAUGCUACUGGACGUCGUCCUCGAAUACACCUACAUGUACCGCGGAAAGGCGUACCACAAAGCCGGCUUGGUGGUCAUAUCCCAAUGGCCACGGAUCAAGACACUUCGCGUUGACUUAAUUUGUGAACUGGUUGCGGAUGAGAGCUCGAUUGGCGAGGCGGCCCAGGAUACGCUCGACGAACUCUUCAGCAAGCUGUCCGCCCCAAAUCCUGAUUUGGAGGAGCUCGUUCUGUUCCUGAAUACUGCGAAGCACGAUGUACCGUGGUUUCCUGUUCGUCUACCCCCGAAUGUGUGUUCGAGUCAACAACUCCCCAGACUACGAGAGGUUGAACUCAGGAACUGCGUCCUACCACAUUCAUCAGCCCAUUGGCCACCCUUUCCCUCGGGUCUUCGCGUCUUGAAGCUUGUCAAUACCCAGGCAUGGGAUGACACUGACUUCAUGAUUCAAAUCUUGCAAGAGUUACCGCUGCUCGAAGUGCUUGAACAUAGAUUCGACAACCAUCACAAGGCCGAGAAUGUGAGAUGCACACCGUCCCUCGCCCAUCAAUCGCGAUGCGUCUCUUUACCCCGCCUUCAAAACUUGAUUCUUGAAGAUUGCUGGCUCCAAAACACUAUCAUGUUCCAUCACCUUGCCGCCCCCUCAAGCUGCAACCUCACCAUUCAUCGCUCCGUCUGGGACUCACUCCACGUCCCCGACACGGCCGAAGACGCACUUCAGACGUACAUUUCCACAGCACGAGAGUCAUUAGUUCAGCACUUCGCGAGUGCCAGCUCGCAGCAGGUUGUUUUCGACUAUGUACGCCUUGAUGACAUCGAGAUAUUUGCCAGCAGCGUACCCAAUGGAUCGCACUCUGGUCACGCUGGUCUACUCCCAUCGGAAUUGAUGAUCAGUAUUCCCGAUACUGAUGACGAGGACGAACACAAUCCCCUCCUCCAUGCGUAUUUCUCCCAUCCGGUUUUCACAAAGACCAGCCGUCUCGGCUUCAGCAGAGAGAUCUGGAGCUUCUACCGCGACCGCUACGAGGAAUACACCAAUGUCCGCCAGAUAGUGUUGCUCUAUCCUAGCGACGUGGAUGCCUUCACGUCGGCUCUCCGGGAGAAAGGCGCCGCUCUCUUCCCCAUGCUUUCCAGCGUCGUUGUCGAACCAUACGUCAAAGACACUGAUCAGGCGGGGGACCUAGUUGACGCCCUGUGUAAUGCCCAUGCCGCUUCCGAGCAGUUCGAGAGUCUUGAAAUCCCUGCCCGUCUUUUCCAUGAAGACUUCCUGAGCGAACUGCGCGCGAAGAUAGGCACACAUCGCUUGAAAGAGCGUUCAAUGUGA